AUGGCGGGCCAACAACGCAUAGCCAUUCUUUCUGUCUAUGACAAGACAGGUCUUUUGGACCUGGCCAAGGGGCUAAUUAAGAACAAUGUCCGCAUCCUGGCAUCUGGAGGAACAUCAAAGAUGAUUCGUGAGUCAGGGUUUCCGGUUGAGGACAUCUCUGCCAUCACUAAAGCUCCUGAGAUGCUGGCUGGCCGCGUCAAGACGCUGCAUCCUGCCGUACAUGCAGGCAUCCUAGCACGCGACCUUGCUUCUGACGAAAAGGAUCUUGCCGAGCAGAACAUCGAGAAAGUUGACUAUGUAAUCUGCAACCUCUAUCCCUUCAAGGACACUGUCUCAAAAAUCAACGUGACGGUUCCCGAGGCUGUGGAGGAAAUCGACAUCGGUGGUGUCACCCUUAUUCGCGCUGCUGCCAAGAACCACACCAGAGUGACAAUCCUCAGUGACCCAGCUGACUACGCCGAGUUUAUCAACGAGCUUGAGGCCGGCGAGAUCAAAGAAUCUAGCCGCAAGCUAUACGCCCUAAAGGCUUUCGAGCACACUGCUGACUACGAUGCUGCAAUCUCCGAUUUUUUCCGCAAGCAGUAUGCUGGUGAUGGCUCUCGAUACCUCUCGUUACGGUAUGGUGCCAACCCACACCAGAAGCCUGCCGCCGCCUACGUCAAGGAGGGGCGCCUGCCUUUCACUGUGCUUAGCGGGUCACCCGGCUACAUCAAUUUGCUCGAUGCCCUCAAUGCUUGGCCGCUGGUGAAGGAGCUCAAGGCUGCGCUUGGCCUUCCUGCCGCAGCCUCCUUCAAGCACGUCUCGCCAGCAGGUGCUGCCAUCGGUACCCCGCUUUCUGCCGACGAGAGGAAAGUCUACAUGGUUGAUGAUAUUCUGGGCAUCGAGACAUCUGCUCUUGCCCAGGCUUAUGCACGCGCUCGCGGUGCCGACCGCAUGAGCAGUUUUGGUGACCUGAUCGCCCUUAGUGAUGUUGUUGAUGUUCCUACAGCCACCAUUAUUGGCAAGGAGGUAUCGGACGGUGUCAUCGCCCCCGGUUACGAACCAGACGCUCUGGCCAUCCUCAAAAAGAAAAAAGGUGGUCGUUACCUGGUCUUGCAAAUCGACCCAGAGUACGUGCCCACCGGCCGCGAAACGCGCACAGUCUUCGGUGUAACUUUGGCUCAACACCGCAACGACAUCCUUGUCUCGCCCAAGUCCUUUAACACCAUCAUCACACCAAAGGAUGCGGCCGGCCCGCUGUCUGAUGCAGCCCUACGCGACCUCACGAUAGCCACAAUUGCCUUAAAGUACACCCAGAGCAACUCAGUCUGCUAUGCAGCUCGGGGACAGGUGAUUGGUUUGGGUGCAGGCCAACAGUCUCGGAUCCACUGCACGCGAUUGGCAGGUGACAAGGCCGACAACUGGUGGUUGCGGUUUCAUCCACGCGUGCUUGGCAUUCGGUGGAAGAAAGGCACAAAGCGCCCUGCGAAGAGCAACGCUAUUGAUCUCCUUGUUGGCGGUCAGCUACCUAAAGAUGGCCCUGAACGUGAGGCAUUCGAAGAGGUUUUUGAGGUAGUUCCGGAGGCUUUUUCGACCAAGGAGCGCGAGGGCUGGCUGGCAACGCUUACAGAUGUGGCUGUGUCUAGCGACGCUUUUUUUCCCUUCACGGACAAUGUUUAUCGGGCGGCUCGGUCAGGGGCUAAGUACAUCGCGGCCCCCGGCGGUAGUCAAAAUGAUAUACCAGUAUUUGAAACUGCUGAAAAGUUAGGCAUCACAUUUGUUGAGCAAAACAUUCGGCUUUUUCACCACUGA